AUUUUUGACUCAGAAAAUAUGCUAUCCUUUUAGCAGAUGUAGAAACUUGCUAGUUAUGGCAGAAAACUUAUACGAUUUGUUCGAUAUGGCUUCCUGCAAUGCUUGCAAUUCCUAGUGCUUAAUGGUCUUUACCAAAAUCUUUCAGAACUGGUCCAAUCAUCAAGGAAAGUUCAGGGUUUCUCGGAACCGAACGAGAUUAGUCUCGUGGAUGUGGAGAAGUUGGGCCGAAUUGGGCGCUGGAUUUGAUUUCUAGGUGGAAUGCCUUUCUCCUUUGACAAGACUAAUCCUCUCUAACUCUAACCUGAACUUCUGCUUUCUUCAUCUCAUGCUGUUGCUGCUGCUAUUGCCACAUUGUCUCAUGGAAGCUAGAACACAACCAAUGUCUAGCAUGUAAUUGAAAAGAAAAGUAAAGAAAGGUAAAUUUUUUGUAUUUUUUUAAAAGCAAAAAUCAGAGUUGUUGGGUUUCUGGAUUGUGGAGGCACUAUAAAUAAAGGAUUGGAAGAGAAGAAUCCAAAGCUCUACAUUGACAUGGAGAAACGAGGAGUUGAUGCUGGACCUAUUGACCUGGACCAGGCUACAGUGACCUUUGAACCGGAUCAGGGCGGAGGUGGGGGAUUACAUGUUCCUGGGAAGGAUAGAGUAGUUUUCAGACCUCCUCAGAGGAAAUCACUAUUAGGGUUAGAUGUCCUUGCUGAUGCAAAAAGAGGAGGAUCUAAGGCUGAUGGCGCAUUCAAGGUUCCAAGAGAAAAAGGUGCUUCUGUUGUGGCUUCUAUGGAUGAAGAGGAGAGUUCCUUGUCCUCUGGAAUAGACGAAGAAAUAAGUACUGUGAUUAGUGGUGUGCGUAAUGGUUCUGGCAGGCGAUAUCGUGAAACAGCUGCAAGCGAGGCAUCUCAUUUAGAAAGUAAUGUGACUCAAGAAGGAGCAGUCAGUGACACAUUUGAAACUCAUCGCUCAAAUGAACGCAUGCCUUCUGAAAGUCCAGCUACUUCUUCUGGAAGUUCCCGCAGUUCUUGGUCUAGGAGUUCUAGGUAUGAAAGGGAUAAUCGCAAUAGUGAGAGGAGAGAUUACAAGGAUGACACUAGAAGUGAAAACAGGAGGGUAAGACACAGAUAUGAUUAUGAUGAUAGAGAGCAGAAUCGUGAAGGGGAAGCACGUGGUCGGUAUGCGCAGGAGUAUAAUGGGCAGUAUGGAAGAAAACGAAGUAAAUAUGAAGUCUCUAGGAGGACUCCUGGCAGAUCUGAUUGGGACGAUGGCAGAUGGGAAUGGGAGGAGACACCACAACGAGAUGGUCAUUCAAAUACCAGUAGGCGCCAUCAACCUUCACCAUCCCCAAUGUUAGUUGGGUCCUCACCUGAUGCCCGACUUGUUUCUCCAUGGUUUGGUGGCCAGACACCUCACACCACUGGGUCUGCCGCUUCUCCCUGGGACACUAUCUCUCCCUCUCCCGUUCCAAUACGUGCUUCUGGAGCCUCAGUUAGAUCUUCAAGUUCUAAACACAGUGGAAGAUCCCAUCAACUUAAUUUUUCUGUGGAAAAUUUGCAAUCAUUUGAGGAUAAGGAAGAUGAUAAGAGUUAUUUGGCCAAUCAAGAGAUUACAGAAAGUAUGCGUUUAGAGAUGGAAUACAAUUCUGACCGAGCAUGGUAUGAUAGAGAAGAAGGCAACACCAUGUUUGAUGGGGGCACCUCAUCAUUUUUUCUUGGGGAUGAGGCUUCUUUCCAAAAAAAAGAGGCAGAGUUGGCCAAGAAACUUGUUCGGCGAGAUGGAACUAAAAUGACCCUUGCUCAGAGCAAAAAGUUAUCGCAGCUAACAGCCGACAAUGCUCAGUGGGAAGACCGGCAACUGUUGAGAUCUGGAGCUGUUAGAGGUACUGAGGUGCAGACUGAGUUUGAUGACGAGGAAGAGCGCAAGGUUAUUCUUCUUGUCCAUGAUACAAAACCUCCUUUCUUAGAUGGUAGGGUUGUUUUUACUAAGCAAGCAGAGCCAAUAAUGCCAUUAAAAGAUCCGACAUCAGACAUGGCCAUAAUAUCACGCAAAGGAUCUGCUUUGGUUAGGGAAGUUCAUGAAAAGCAAAGUAUGAACAAAUCACGCCAAAGAUUUUGGGAGCUUGCAGGCUCAAAACUUGGUGAUAUUCUUGGUGUUGAGAAGACAGCAGAACAGAUUGACGCAGAUACUGCUGUAGUGGGUGAAGAGGGAGAAGUUGAUUUUAAGGAAGAUGCAAAGUUUGCACAGCACUUGAAGAAGGAUGAAGCUGUGAGUGAGUUUGCAAAGUCAAAAACAUUAGCAGAGCAACGGCAGUAUCUACCCAUAUAUUCUGUACGUGAGGAGUUAUUGCAGGUAAUUCGGGAAAACCAGGUUGUUGUGGUCGUUGGAGAAACGGGUUCAGGAAAGACUACUCAACUGACGCAGUACCUGCAUGAAGAUGGCUACACUACAAAUGGUAUUGUUGGUUGCACCCAACCAAGGCGUGUCGCAGCCAUGAGUGUUGCCAAAAGAGUGAGCGAAGAGAUGGAAACUGAGUUGGGGGAUAAGGUUGGCUAUGCCAUUCGUUUUGAGGAUGUGACUGGGCCGAACACCAAAAUUAAGUACAUGACUGAUGGAGUUCUUAUGCGUGAGACAUUGAAAGAUUCUGAGCUUGACAAGUAUCGUGUUGUUGUGAUGGAUGAAGCACAUGAGAGAUCACUCAACACGGAUGUGCUCUUUGGAAUACUGAAGAAAGUGGUUGCUCAGCGUCGUGAUUUCAAGCUCAUUGUGACAUCUGCAACUUUAAAUGCACAAAAAUUCUCAAACUUCUUUGGAAGUGUUCCAAUAUUCCACAUCCCUGGAAGAACUUUCCCUGUGAAUAUAUUGUACAGCAAAACUCCUUGUGAAGAUUAUGUCGAAGGUGCAGUGAAGCAGGCAAUGACUGUCCACAUCACCAGCCCUCCAGGUGAUAUUCUCAUCUUCAUGACUGGCCAAGAUGAGAUUGAGGCAACUUGUUAUGCGCUUGCAGAGCGCAUGGAACAGCUCGUAUCCACGACCAAGAAAGGGGUGCCUAAGCUCUCAAUACUCCCUAUAUACUCCCAGCUGCCAGCAGAUUUGCAAGCAAAAAUAUUCCAAAAAGCUGAAGAUGGAGCCCGAAAGUGCAUUGUUGCUACCAAUAUUGCUGAGACAUCUUUGACCGUGGAUGGAAUUUUUUAUGUCAUUGAUACGGGUUAUGGUAAAAUGAAAGUAUACAACCCCAGGAUGGGUAUGGAUGCGCUUCAAGUGUUCCCUGUCAGCCGUGCUGCUGCUGACCAGCGCGCUGGGCGUGCUGGUAGAACUGGGCCUGGGACUUGUUAUCGGCUUUAUACAGAGAGUGCUUACCUCAAUGAACUGCUGGCCAGUCCCGUGCCGGAGAUCCAAAGGACCAACCUUGGAAAUGUGGUUUUGCUGCUCAAGAGUCUUAAAAUUGAGAACUUGCUGGAUUUCGACUUCAUGGACCCACCUCCGCAGGAUAACAUCCUGAAUUCCAUGUACCAGUUGUGGGUCUUAGGUGCCCUUAACAAUGUUGGGGGCCUAACUGAACUUGGCUGGAAAAUGGUGGAGUUCCCAUUGGAUCCACCACUGGCUAAGAUGCUCUUGAUAGGGGAACAGCUAGAAUGCAUAAACGAGGUUCUGACCAUUGUCUCAAUGCUUUCAGUGCCGUCGGUAUUCUUUCGGCCAAAGGAUAGGGCAGAGGAGAGUGAUGCUGCCAGAGAAAAAUUCUUUGUUCCUGAAUCUGACCACUUAACACUACUCAAUGUUUACCAGCAGUGGAAAGCUAAUCAGUACAGGGGAGACUGGUGUAAUGACCACUUCUUGCAUGUUAAAGGGCUACGUAAGGCUAGAGAGGUGAGAUCCCAGCUUCUGGAUAUUCUCAAAACACUGAAAAUCCCUCUGACCUCUUGUGGGCCUGAUUGGGACGUUGUAAGAAAAGCUAUCUGUUCAGCAUACUUCCAUAACGCGGCGAGAUUAAAGGGGGUUGGGGAGUAUGUUAAUUGCAGAAAUGGGAUGCCCUGCCACUUGCAUCCGAGCAGUGCACUGUAUGGAUUGGGUUACACACCAGAUUAUGUGGUUUAUCAUGAACUGAUAUUGACAGCCAAAGAGUACAUGCAGUGUGCCACAGCGGUUGAGCCCCAGUGGCUGGCCGAGCUUGGACCCAUGUUCUUCUCAGUGAAGGACUCGGAUACUUCGAUGCUAGAGCACAAGAAGAGACAGAAGGAAGAAAAGUCUGCCAUGGAGGAGGAGAUGGAGAAUUUGAGGAAGGAGCAAGAAGAGGCAGAGAGAAAAAGCAAGGAGAAGGAGAGGAAGAAGAGGGCGAAGCAGCAGCAACAGGUCUCGAUGCCUGGCCUGCGCCAGGGGUCAUCUACUUACUUGAGGCCAAAGAAGAUGGGUUUGUAAAUGUACAUUAUUCAACUGUACUACAUUUUCUGAUUAGGAAAGAAAAAUAGCUAUGUUACUUGUUACUUUGAAGAGAGAUAAUUUAUCUUGAACAGUAAGCGGCAUAGGUGAAAUAUUGGCAAUGCCGGCUACUUGUUUCUGUGAAUUCGUUGGAAAGAAGAUUCUUACAUAAAAGAAAGAGAUUGAUUCUGAUGCA